AUGGACUUUAUAGAAUUUGAUACAUUCACAGCUAACGAUGAUACUUUACCACAACCUCAGCCGGCAUUAUCACUCCCUAUAGCUUCCAAUUUAGAACUGCUAAGUAAAAGGUUGACUAAUUUCACAUUGGCCAAUGCCAUAAAGACAAACACCUCAAAGGAGAGUGGUUUCACCACAAACACUCAAAAGGAGAGUGGUUUCACCACCAGCACUCAGCUUCAAGACGGUGGUGGUUCAAUGGACAAAUAUGCUCAAAUAUCCCUAUCCUUAUUGGAAAAUAGCGCCGAUUCUGGCCUCCUCGAAAAAGACGAGUCCCUUCCGCUGACCCAACAGAAUCAUAUUGUUGAUUCGCUAGGUCCAAGACUAGCAAGGGUUUUUAAUGAGACUAUGAGCGAUGCCACAUUGAAAGAAAUAUUCACAAACAUUGAAGAAAACGCUGAAAACGACGAUAGGGAAACGUAUUUCCAGAAAUUGGUCGAACCGGGCUUUGAAGGAACAACGGCAAGAAAGAAACUAAAAGGGAGGAUAGAAACUGAUUUAAUCAAAAGUCAAUCUCAAUUAUUGAAGGAUUAUCAACCGAUGAUCAAGCAGUUGAAAGCGCUUGCAUUGAGGUUGAAAAAAUUGAAUGACUUGAACAAAGAAACAAAUAAUAAAUUAAAUAAAAAUCUACACUCCUUCAAUGACUUUAAUGUCAAAGUGAAUGAAUUGAAUACAACAAAAAACCUCGUUGAAAUUAAACAAAACUUGUUGAUUGCGUUUAAAAAGAAGUUUACGCUAACAGAAUAUGAAGAGGUUAUCCUAACUUCGGGCGACUUGAAUCAAGAAUUCUUUCAGGCAUUAAGUAAAGCUGAAACUAUUGUUGAAAAUUGUUCAAUUUUGCUUUCCGAAGAUAACCUUCAAUUAGGGUUGAAAAUAAUGUCCAAGAAUAACCAAAUUAUAAACAAAGCAGUUGAAAGGACAGUAACUUAUUGUAACAAGACUUUGGAUAACUUAUACUCACUUAAUUCCAAAUCAAGACUACUCACUUUACACGAAUGUUUUAAGUAUCUUAAAAAGAGACAGAAUUAUCUUUCAAUUAUUGUGGAUAAGUUCACUGACUCAAGAUCAAAAGUGAUAUUGGAAGAGUUCCAUCAACAGAUUCAAGAAAAUCAAGAGCUAACUAGUAAAGCACCUCCUCUGUCUUCGUCUGCUUUAUCUUCUUCUGCUCAACAACAACAACAACAACAACAAAAAGUACGUCGACGCUCGAGUGCAAAGGGAACGGGUUUAUUCUCCAACGCCGAUGCUCGGCCUGUCUAUAUGUCGGCUCAUGACCCUGUACGAUUUGUAGGUGAUUUUUUAGCCUAUAUUCACUCACUAGCAGUCAAUGAAUCAGAAACUAUAAAAAAUAUAUUUACAAUGGGAAACGAUAGUGAUCAGGAGUUUGAUGCCAUAAUUCGAGAAAUUACAAACAAGAUUUUGAAAUCCUUAGCACGUCCAAUAAGGUCUAAAAUUGAACAAAUAAUCUCAACAGAGAUAAAGUUAAAUACAAUUUUUCAGAUUUUCAACUUGGUGGAGUUAUAUUCAAUGAUGUUUGCUAAGCAGUUGAGCGAGUCUGAUGAUUUGGUUGAAACAAUGAAAAAGUUAGUUACAAGUUGCCAGGACCGUAUUUUCUCCAUUGUUUCGAGUAAGUUGGCCACAAUUGGCUCUAGCAAUCUGGCGAAACUUGAAUUGAAUCUGGAUCUAAACCCGCCGGAAUGGAUUAUUUCUUUUUACAGCGAAGUGUUGCACAUGAUCGACCAAAUCAUAACGCCCACUAUAUUGAAUUUAUCUUCUGGGGAUCAUGAAAAAUUUUUGAAUCUAAUUAUCAACCAACCGAUUGCUAUAUUCAAGGAACAUGUGCUCACCUGCAAUAAGCAAUUUAAAGAUAAAAGAGAUUUGUACAUUAUUCAGUUCAACUUUUUGGACCUCAUACAGUCGAAAAUUAUGCCGAUUUCUUUGUUAUCCGAUAAAGUUUUGGAGAUAAAUGACAUGAAUUUGGAAUUGACUAGUAAGAUAACAGAGUUGGAAUAUACUACUAUCCUAAAAAGCACAGGCUUGUUUGAUUAUUACAACAUUGUCAAUAUGAUUUGCCCCUUUAGUGAUGAUUUUUUUGAGGUUUCCAUUUAUGAACCAAUGAAAGAGAACAAACUAUACAAUGCUGAGCAGUUGGAACUUGUCAAUGACAAAAUACAACAAUACUUGCCCAAUGCAAUGAUGGACUUGCAACAGGCUUUGCUAAAACUCAACUCCCCAGUCACUGUUGACGAUGUGAUCAACAAUGUCUUUACAGCCUUUGUGAAAUUUUACAAAAAAUUGAAUAUUAUCAAUGAAGAAUAUUUACAAUACUCCUUCACUUGGUCGGAUUAUGACUUGGCGACGAUGUUGGGUAUUGAGGACCUAUAUAUAAAUGCUGUUUAUGUUGAAGAGGAAGGCAACAUCUCCUCGUGA